AUGACGAUAUUGGACAAGAUUCUUGUCGCGCUGAAGCUGAAGGCCCCGCCGACCGGGGGGCCCGAGGAACCGGCGCCAAAAGACGUGCAAGAGUUGAUUGAUCGGCUGCCGCCGGCCUACCAUGAAUUCCGAAAACAGGAAGAUCCCUACAAGCUCGCCACAACACUUAUAUUUAUUGUCCUUACCGUCAUUUUCGGAACGGCGGCUUGGAAAGCGAUGCAGGUUCCCCGCGCAGAAAUGGCAAAUCUGGAGGAUAAUGUGCGGAAGAUUGACCUAGAAAUUACGGUCCAUUUGGUCCCAACGAGCGCCCAGUUGAUUGACAGAUUGGCAAAAAUCGAGGAGCAGACGAUACAACGGCUCAAUGAAAUUGAUCCACCAACGACGCUGAAUAUUCGAUGGAAUACGCGGAUCCACGGGAUACGAUCCCUUGAUCAACUACAAGGUACGAAAGAACGCAGUUUGGACAUCCAUUUGGCGCUUGUUGAUCCGGCUGAUUGGACCCAUUUCUCUGCAAACCACGCCUACAUGACGUGCUCGCAGUGGACGUUGAUCCAAGUGGGCGACGAUUUGGAGAAGACCGGCCAGCGGAUCGGGUCUUUGGUUUGGGAGGUUCUAAUCGACAUGCCGCACCUCGAGGCCAUCGUCAAACGCGAUCAGCGCGAGCAGAUGAACGCCUGGCAAAUUGCAGCCCUACCACUUUCACACCAGAAACGCUUGGUCUGGGACAGCGCGGCUCUCUCGCAAAACUACAUCGUCCAGAUCAUCUUCUUGCAUCAAAACGCUGCCGCUGAUGAGGAGCUGCUUCAAAAGGCCAAGAAAACGCAAGAGUACGUCGUCCGUUUUGCCAACGCCAUCAAGAACGUUACUUCUUUGACGGUGAGCACCCAGCACCUGUGGGACUUUGGCGUGAUGCACUACUUGGAGAAGGACGUCCAGGAUCGCUGGGUUUUGUCGGCGGACGCCAUGCAGAAUGUUAUCAAGAAUGUCGACAUGCAACUCCACUCGGUCCCCAGCUCGGAUCCGGUCUACAAGUUGGUGGUCCUGGAAACGGAUAGCCCGGCUAUUGUGCUGGAUCAUACGGGCGAAGACAGCAAAGGAGCAGCCGUUGCCGCGUGGGGAUCGAUUGUGGCGCGAAACGAGAAAACGGACGCUCAUAUGCUGGCCUCGUUACGCGUACUCCUUGGUAUCGACGCGGAAUUGGACGGCGGUCGAGCAAGGAAUCCAUGCCCGAUUGCCCAGUGGGAGAUUACGCGAAUGCACCUCCGCGCCUACGUUGACAACACUUUACGGGCCCGGCAUGCCAUCAGAGCCCUUCAUCGGAUCAAGGACAAGAUUGCCGAGAUUGUAAUCUCGAAAGAGGUGGCGACGAAGGUGAACGACGCGCUGGAGAUGCUGAAGACGGUAGAUGACCCGCAUGCGCCGCCGUUGGACAAUGUGGCGAAGGCCAGGAAAUUGGCUGACAGCGCACUCGCCGAUCCAUCACUUCUCGCCCUCCUCUACUUCCCGCAAGAUCAAAAGUUCGCCGUCCUAAUCCCGAUCUUUGCGCCUCUGCUCGCGCCGAUCAUCGGCUCGAUCUGGCGACUGUUCGGCUACGGAUGGCCGUGGAAGGCCGGAAUCCUCAUCACCGCGUCGCUUUACUACUAUUACUGGACCGAAUUAAUCCUGCCGGUUGUCGCCGGAAACUUCUUCCUCCGUGCCUUUACAAAUUUGUACUAUGGACGGGCUGUG